GAUUCAAACCCGACAAACCAUAGACGAUUAAUCUUGCCAACCCGGUUCGGAGUCUAGUUUCUCACCGCCGUCCUCCAUCAACCUUUUCACUCCGCUCUGCAAAACCAAUCACAUGGGUCUUUCCAAGGAACAGCUUCUUGCUCGCUUAAAGGAGCUUGAGAUUGAUUUUUCCCAGUAUGAUCAUCCUGUUGUUUUGACAGUUGAGGCUCAGGCAAAAUAUGUUGGACAUCUGGGAGGUGGACUCAGUAAGAAUUUAUUCUUGAAGGAUAAGAAGAGUAGGUUCUAUAUUGUUUCCGCUUUGGCAGAUACUAAAGUAGAUCUGAAAGUUCUAUCUGUGAGGCUUGGUUUGGGAAAAGGUGGUUUGAGAAUGGCUCCUGAAGAAGCACUGGGAGAGAUACUUCAGGUCCCACCGGGUUCUGUUACUCCUUUAUCACUGGUGAACGAAUCUGCGCGCAAUGUCUCUCUGCUGUUGGAUCAUAGAUUUAAAAGUCAGAAGUUUUGCUUCUUCCACCCGUUAUCGAAUGACAUGUCAAUCUCAUUAACUACCAAUGGUCUUGACAAGUUUCUCAAGUCAAUUGAGAGAGACCCUUCAUAUGUUGACUUGGAGGCUAACCCAUCAGUUGGGAAGGACCAACCUCCUGAUCUUGCAUCUCUGGUGCCAUCGAGUUCUGUAGUAUUGCCAGAUCCCCCAGAGACAGCAGCUUCCUCAAAAGUUCCUACAGAAAACAAAGUUUCUGCGAGCAACAAGUCGACAAAAAGUGCAGCAAGCACUUCUAAGCCAUCCGUCAGUGCUACAAAAUCCCAGGAUAAACCAGCCAACAUAACAGAUGUUGGGAAACUAGUUGAUGAUUUACUUGAGUCAACAUCUUCUCUAUUGCUGAAAGAGAUUACGGAGAAGAACUUUAAGGAACAUGGAGAAGGACUUGGAGAAGAGUUAUCGAAGAAAAUUAAAAGUCAACUAGCUGCAGAAUUGCACAACACAGUUAUGAUAUUCAAAAAUACUGCAUACACGGAAGGAUUCCAUGCUGGGAUGCACUGUCGUCCAAAGCGUUCUUACUGAUUCCAUGCAGAAACAAUCUAUGUACCUCUUGAUUGCCAAUCUAUUUGAAAGCUAUAUGCUAACUCAAAGGUUUUUUUUCUGACAUUCAAUAGAGUAGAUAUAAACUUCUUUGAUGCAUCCUUUAAGAAACCUGUCAGUACUUUUGUUCUUUAUGAUGGAUUAACUGUUCUGUAUGUAUACCUAUGCCUAUGUACAUCUGAUCAUGUUCGUAAUCAAGCCAAUCACAAUAUUAGAAUGUUAAUUACAC